CAUAUAUCUGAGCACUUUGGUCACGUGGCCACUGUGGUAUCAGACUGGCAUCUCUUAUCUUCUGGCAGAAAGAGGGAAAACCCAGAAAGAACCUUUGACCUGGUAUUGAACGUGAAAUGUCACGCCUCUGAAGGCGAAGAUCCCGUGGUUUUGUGGAAAUUCCCGGAGGACUUCGGAGACCAGGAAGUCCUGAAGAGCGUGCCCAAGUUCUGUUUCCCCCUUGACGUCGAAAGGGUGUCUCAGAAUCAGGUCGGGCAGCACUUCGCCUUCGUGCUGACGGACAUCGAAAGCAAGCAGAGAUUUGGCUUCUGCAGGCUCACAUCCGGCGGCAGGAUCUGCUUAUGCAUCCUCAGCUACUUGCCAUGGUUUGAAGUCUAUUACAAGCUUCUAAAUACGCUGGCAGAUUACUUGGCUAAGGAACAGGAAAAUGAUUUGAAUGCAGUUCUCACAGCGCUCUAUAACCACCCAGUCCCCAAGGCAAACAGCCCUGUCAAUCUGAGUGUGAACCAAGAGAUAUUUAUUGCCAGUGAGCAAGUUCUGAGAGAUCAGCCCUCCCUAGCACCGCACUCCUACUUCAUCGCCCCCGACGUAACCGGACUCCCAACCAUCCCUGAGAGUAGGAACCUCACCGAGUACUUCGUGGCCGUGGAUGUGAGCAACAUGCUGCAGCUGUACGCCAGCAUGCUGCACGAGCGGCGCAUCCUCAUCACCUCCAGCAAGCUCAGCACCUUGACUGCCUGCCUGCACGGAUCGGCCGCGCUGCUCUACCCCAUGUUCUGGCAGCACAUCUACAUCCCGGUGCUGCCGCCGCACCUGCUGGACUACUGCUGCGCUCCGAUGCCAUACCUGAUUGGAGUACACUCUAGCCUCAUAGAGAGGGUGAGGAACAAAUCGCUGGAGGACGUGGUGAUGUUAAACGUGGACACGAACACUUUGGAGUCCCCGUUCCACGACUUGGACAACCUCCCCAGUGAUGUGGUCUCGGCCCUGAAAGCGAAGCUGAAGAAGCAGUCCACGGCCACGGGGGACGGGGUGGCCCGGGCCUUCCUCAGGGCGCAGGCCGCUCUGUUCGGAUGCUACCGAGACGCGCUGAGAUACAAACCCGUGAGCCUGCCUUGCGUCGCGAUUUCAAUUUGCAUUUGCUUUUCUUUUAAAAACAAACAAACAUUUUUUUUCAUCGACGGGCGGCUGGCGAAGCUGAAUGCAGGAAAGGGCUUCUCCGACGCCUUCGAGGAGGAGAUCACCUCCGGGGGCUUUUCUGGAGGGAGCCCGAGGUCCUAUCAGCAAUGGGUACAUACGGUCAAGAAAGGAGGCGCCCUGUUCAACUCCGCGAUGACCAGAGCGACCCCCGCGGUGCGGACGGCGUAUAAAUACGCAAAAAGCCACGCCAAGCAGGGCAUCAAGGAAGUGAAGAGCAAACUCAAACACAAGGAGACUGAGGACGAGUGUGGGGCCUACUCCAGUUUCGUACUGUACACCCCCGUCUACACCCUACACAACCACAAGGGGCCAAGCGGGGAGAAGCGCAGGCUCACCCAGACUCGCUUACACAGGCCCCUCAAGAGCCUCGAUGACGGCGCGCCGUGUGAGGACGAGGACGAGGACAUGGACCGCGCCAGCAAGCUGUCCUCGGAGGACGGAGAGGAGGCGGCGGCUUAUUCCUACGAAAGCGAUGACUCGGUGGAGACGCGAGGGAAGACGCUGUACUCGGGGGAGAUGGACCUGCUGGGCGAGAUCCUGGACACGCUGAGCACCCACAGCUCCGACCCGGGCAAGCUGGCGGCCGCCAAGAGCCUGGACUUCUUCUGCUCCAUGGACAACAUCGACUACCAGCCCGCGAAUAAAUCCAGCGCCCCGAGCGAGGACAACCUGGCGGCCCUGUGCGGCGGGUCCGGGGACCAAGGCGACUGGCUCCGUGGCCAGGACGACAGCGCCCUCCACGGCCGACACCUGCCCCCGUCCCCCAGGAAGCGGGCCAGCUCCAGCUGCGCCACGGGCUCGCUCUUCAGCCUGAAGGAGGAGAACAGUGCCAGGCCCCUCGACGGGGCCCCCGGGAGCGGCCCUCAUGGGGCGGACCAGCCGGCCCCCGCCUCGGAGCUGGGUGUCCCGCGGGCUCCUCCGGACGCUGCCUGGACUGAGGAAGGAAAAGCAGACGAGGAGGAAACACUAAUCCAGGCCCCAGACGAUCUGCUGAUCCCCAGCCUCGGGCGACGGCCGUCCUCCUCGGUCCCGUGGGAGAAGGAAGGCAACGGCGUCCAGGGGGCUCCGGGGGACCCUGGGCCGCUCCACGAAGCCGCGUCGCUGUGCCCGGCGGCGCCCGCCUUCCAGCCCGACGGGAACGUUCCGGCGGGGAGCCCGAGUGGAAACCAGGCCUCCGUCAAGAACUGAGGGCCCGCCUCGGGCGUCCACGCGUCUCGGGAGACACUGGAGGGUCCCGCGGGGACCGAGCAGUAAACAGUUACUUGUAGGCAUGGCAACGCUCGCUGUUGUCUAGACAUUUUCGUUUUCAUGGGAGACAUCGCCCGCGGAUCUGGUGGGUCCGUGCGGCCCACUGAUCUUUUGGGGUGAAAGCUACUUCUUCUACUGUGCUCUCCAGUCAGGUACUAGUGUGUGUGUGUGUGUGUGUGUGUGUGUGUGUGUUGAGAGUAUCAUUGGACACGUGACUUCCCAGGAUUGGUGCUUACCGCCCUGCAUUUUAUUUAAACGGAGGAUGCGUCCGGAAGCCUUGCACGUGACCCGGCGCUACUCCAGGAACCGAUCCAGUUAGCAAAGCGUAUCCGAACUCCCCUCCAACUGCUGAAACUCUUGACCCACGAUUGCCUUAAUCUUCCGCCGCCAGUAAGCAAACAUAGCCACUCAUGGAGUCGCCUGUCAACCCUCCCAGAGACGUUAGACGCGGCCUGCGGAGCAAUAACGCCUUUCUAGUCGUUGAGUCCAGGACAAAAAUCUCUCUCUCUUUUUUGUGUUUUUUUGUUUGUUUGUUUUUAAUGAAAAGCUCUUGUGGACGCUGCAGCCACGUCUUCCAAAAAACAAGUCCCCAGGUCCACGCCUUUCACACAGGGAGCUUCUGGCACGACAGCGUGAAGGGAAUGCCUCCUGUUUAGACACGAGACACUUUCCACGCCUCCCCCCAGCCUCUCGGGGAGGCCCUACCCCGUCCCCCCUUCCCCCUCCCCCCAGAGAGCCAAAGGCCACCCACACUGUCCUGACUUUUUAAGUUCUGAUCUUUUUCUUUCCUUAACUAAUACUUCUCUAAAUUGCUUAUACCUUCAAGUUGGGUUUUAAAGUAAUCGACUUUCCAUGUUAGAAGUUUUAGACUUCCAGGAACAUUGUCAAUCCCGUCCAUCCCUACCCACAGUUCCCCUGUUCUCAUAGCCCAGGUCAGUAUGGAUGGUCCGUUCAUCACAAUCAACGAAUCAGUAUUUAUUUUUAAAUAUAUUUUUUAUUGAUUUCACAGAGAGGAAGGGAGAGGGAGAGAGAGAUAGAAACAUCGAUGAGGAGAGAGAAUUCAUGGAUCGGCUGCCUCCUGCACGCCCCCUACCGGGGAUCGAGCCUGCAACCCGGGCCUGUGCCCUGACCGGGAAUCGAACCGUGACCUUCUGGUUCCUAGAUGGAUGCUCAACCACUGAGCCACGCCGGCCGGGCUUCGUGAGUCAGUAUUGAUGGUCCACGCCCCUUUCAGAUGUCCCGAGUCUUCCCUGCUGUCCUUUCUCGGUCCUAGGCCCAUGUGGCUGUCAUGUCUCCUUAGAUCCCCCCCUUGGCUGGGAGAGCUGCUCACCCCCUCACGGGUACCAUUUCCCUCAAGGUCUUUUCCGCUGGAUCCGUGCCUUACUGACCACGCGGAGUCAGCGUUCGCGUCCACGUUAGGAACAAAAGCCAAACCAAACACUCGCCGUGCUCUGCCGGGAAACCAUCCGAAAGACUAGCAGCGAGGAUUCCUGUGUCAGCCCGUGGAAUCGUUGGGUGUUCAACGCCUACUCUUCAGCUGGACUCCCCAGUGCCCCGGGGGACGUGGGGGGAAGGAAGUGAAAUUCACGCGAGGUCUGCCGUGCACAGAAGUGUUCUCUUCUGCUCGGCUCCUCUCAUCUGUUCCGACGAAGCCAGCUAUUUGCGGACCCCCCUGCUGCUGGGAUUUUACGUGUUUGAAGACCUAACACCUGUUUGUCCGACGAGGAGACUUGUGUAGAUGAGGGAGACGGGCUCUCCACAGAGCCCGGGUUCUCCCCGAAAUCCCCCCCACCCCCCAGCCUGCAUCCUUCGCCCUUAGCGGGGUCCCCGUGGCAUUGCAGGGGAUGGAAGAGCAGCGUGUGAACUCCGGAGCUCUUGCUUGGUUAAGGGAGAGUGUUAGGAAGUAGCAUUAGGAGUGUCGGUAGCAGGAUGGUGACCUCCCUUCGCAUGUUUUAGAAAAGCACCCGGUUAUAGCAUGAUCGUCGUUCUAUUAAAAAUGAACAGCCCUCUCAUUUAGGAACUAAUCAUGGACUCUUCGUCCUGGACACAUGCAAGGAGCAGUAUCUGAGGAUGGAGGGAAAGAAGAUGGUGGACAUUGUCCCUGCUGCGAAGGGACCAGUUAAAAGGGAUUGCAAAUAUCAAUAAUAGUGAUGAUGAUGAUGAUAAUAAUAAUAAUAAUAAUAAUAAAUUCUGCUUAGAUGUUAUUAACCCAAGAUUCUAAUACCAAAAAAAGCCUCUUAAAAGCUGCUUCAUCUGAUACUUGCUCUAAGUCAGAACCACAGUGCCAUGUCUAAGCUCAUGACCUUUCUCUGUAAUUAUAUGAAGAAUCUAGAAUAAUGCUGCUACCUGAGGUACCGACUUCUAUUUUUAUUUUUUUAAAAUAUAUUUUUAUUGAUUUUAGAGAGGAAGGGGGAUGGAGAGAGAAAGAGAGAGAGAGAGAAACAUCAAUGAUGAGAGAGAAUCACAGAUCGGCUGCCUCCUGCACGCCCCACACUGGGGAUUGAGCCCGCAACCCGGACAUGUGCCCUUGACCAGGAAUCGAACGGUGACCUCCUGGUUCCUAGGUCGACACUCAACCCCUGAGCCACGCCAGCCCGGCUCUAAUCCCCUCCCUUUUGAAUGAAGACUGUAUGUGACAGUUCUGUCGCUAACUCCCUCAUAGGACCCAGGGUUUGAAUGAGUCAGUUGUGUCUUAAACAAGGUGAGGAAGUUCGGCUCCUGUGCCAGAGGAGAAAACUGUGAAUAUUCUCAACAUCAGUAGCUCUUCCUUCUCUUCUAGAAAAAUCUGGAUUUCCGGGGAGGAAAAAAAAUUACUCUCAUGAAUACAUUUUUGGAUGCGAAUGCCAUUUUGUUUAGCAUAAGACACCUUGAUUCUGGGCCGAGAUUUGUCCAUGGGAACACAAGUUUAAGAAUGUCACAUGAAGAAAAAAAAAAAAAAGAAUG